UUGUGUAGUUGUCUGAGUUAAUUUGAAUAAAGAGCAUUUGACAUGUUCUGUCUAAUAAAAUAAGUGCUACAUGGCAAUUUGAUUGGAAGUGCAUAAGGUAAAUUAUUAUCUGGUGACCUAUUUCCAGCCCAAAAGGUGGCGCUCAAACGAUCAUUCAUAGAUCAAAUUAGCAGAACACGUCACGAGCAGCUUGCACUCUUCACAACAACACGCUGUGCACUGUCGAAUUAAAAAAUGACCGAACGCAGUGCAAAAUUGAACAUUCUCAAGUUUGUGAAAAUUGUGUCGUUUAGCUUGUUAUUAGUUAUAUUAGCCUUUUUCGUUGCAGCCACUGUAAGGACACUAACGUUUGAUGUGAAUGCAGGACUUCAACUUGCACACUGGGAGAAGACGAACAAUAUUGCGUCUGACAUAAACCAGCACCAGAGAGAGGAGCUURUAGCGAAUUUCAGAGACGCAAUCCGGAUUCCCACCGUGUCAACCACGGAGACACAGCUCAACACCACCGCAUUGCGCGAGUUCGACGGCCUCCUGAGGAAAGCUUUCCCUACAGUGUUUUCUUCCCACCUGGUCCAGCAUGAGGUUGUGGCCAACUACAGCCACCUGUUCUGGGUGCCAGGCUCUGACCUGGCCCUCGUCCCCUACAUGCUGCUGGCCCACAUAGAUGUGGUGCCUGCUGAGGAGAGAGACGGAUGGGAGGCCCCACCAUUCUCUGCAAAGGAGAUAGAUGGAUUCAUCUACGGGAGAGGGACCAUCGAUAACAAGCAGUCUGUCAUGGGAAUUCUCCAGGCGCUGGAGUACCUGUUGAUAAGAGGUUAUUCACCGCGAAGGGGAUUCUUCAUUGGUCUGGGUCAUGAUGAGGAGGUGAGUGGCUUCCAGGGGGCCAUGAACAUAGUGAGGGUGCUGAAGAAGAAAGGGGUACAGCUGGCGUUUGUACUGGAUGAGGGUCUGGCUGUGCUGGAUGGAGUCAUCAGUGGUCUGCAGGGGCCUGCUGCUCUGAUUGGGAUCAGUGAGAAGGGGCUAGCAACGGUGAAGCUGAGCGUUUCCAAGGCCCCGGGUCACUCCUCCAUGCCUCCCAGUGAGAGCAGCAUAGGCAUCCUGGCAGGAGCAGUCAAAAGAUUGGAGGAGAACCCAAUGCCCAGGUUGUUUGGUGAAGGCCCUGAACGUGGGACCUUUGAACACCUGGCUCACAAGUUUAGGCUCCCACUCAAAUUUGUCAUGUCGAAUAUGUGGCUGUUCUCCCCACUCCUUGGAAGAGUAAUGGAAAGAAGACCUGAUACAAAUGCUUUUGUGAGAACGACAACUGCAAUCACUAUGUUCAACUCAGGAGUUAAGGUUAACAUUCUUCCUUCCCAAGCUGAGGCCUAUGUGAAUCUGCGGAUACAUUCCGCACAGUCACUACAAGAGGUUUUGGAGUUGAUCCAGUCCACAGUGGGAGAUGAGAGGGUGAAGAUGGAGCUAGUGGAUGGCUUUGACCCGCUGCCUGUCAGCUCCUACGAUGAAACAUCCUUUGGGUUCCAGAUCAUCAAGAAGACUGUGCUGGACCAGUUCCCACAAGUUACUGUUGCCCCUGGUAUCUGCAUCGGAAACACAGACAGCCGUCACUACACUGACCUGGCCAAGGACAUCUAUCGCUUUGCUCCUACAUGGUUCAGACCAGGGGACGCCCAGAGGUUCCAUGGUAUUAAUGAGAGGAUUUCUAAGAAGAACUAUGAGGAACUGGUGGUCUUUUACUUCAAUCUAAUCCAGAACUGUGACAUCAAGGACCUCCCUUCUCCCCACAGUGCUGGUCAUGAGCUCUAAAGUUGUAGGGCAUUAUGGGUACUGGGGGCAGUGGUUGUGCUUUGGUGGUUCACUUAUCCAUUGCUGCAAGUGUAUGCCACUCUGGCUGUGUGUACACAGGCAGCCCAAUUCUAAUAUUUGUUUAACUAAUUGGUCUUUUGACAAUCAGAUCUGAAAAAUAUCUGAUGUGA